AGCAAGAACUCGUUACUCGGCCGCCUUAAUCUAAACUCAGUCUCGAAGAAAUUCCCGCCAUCUCUCUCUCUCUCUAAACUAUAAAGACAUUCCGUCCUCCCAUAGUAGCUUUUUUCUGUUGUAAGUAUGGAAGGAAAGCCAUGAAAGUUGAGAAAACUCAGAGCAGAACGCUGAGGAGGAAACCACUCUCGGACUGCAGUAACGUAGUCCAAGCUCGUAUCUCCUCUUCUCUCAGUAAACCCAGAAAGCCUUCUCUCCGUAUAAAAGAAGCAGAUGAGAGUUCCCUCAAGCAUGAUUCUAGCGUCGCAUCCAUCAAUGUCGAAAACCCUAGUAUUGAACCUCAACCUUCCACUCCUCCGAAUCGAAGAUCCUUAUCUGCUUCUGGCACCGUUGAUGGAGAGAAUUCCGGUAUCGUUUCAGUUUACAGUCGAAAGCGGCAUUUAGAGGCACGCAAGGAUAAGGGGAAAGCAGUUGCUCCCGAAAUGCCGGUCAGUUGUCCUCCUGUGGUGAGAAUCGGGAAUCUUGGGAAUAAGAUGAAUGAAGAACAUGAUGAUGCUGGUCAAUCCAAGACUAGUGCUGCUUCCCAUCCAAGAAGCAAAAAGAAGCAGCAUUUCUCACUUCCACAAGAUUAUAUUGACCAGCAGAAGGCAUACUUUGCAGCGAUCGAUGCACUUGAACUGCCAGUGGAGUUUGAAUCAGACAGUGACGAGUAACAAAUUCACACGAACCAAACUUGCCGUACCCAAUGUAGUUUUAGAGCUGGGGAUUCUGGCAGAACCCUGUUUACCCAAUGUAUUUUCACCAAUUUAGGCAGUCAUAAGUCAUAACUGUAACUAAUCCAUGGAUCCAUUGUAGUUCUCAAGACUAACAGCAAUAAGUACAUAGAAAAUCUUCAAGUGAUGAGAAUGUAUUCACCUGAAGAAACAAGAGUGGAUGUGACUUUUGAUACUGUUCUCAAAUACAGAGAUGCGGAAAAGUUACUCAUUGUCUAUCAAGACACGUAUGACAA